AACAUAAGUUUUAUUACGUAGUAAGAUUUCUUCUACAAAGGUGAAUGACAUGGCGAACUUGGCAAACCAUUAACGAAAAAUGGAAUCGUCACUUUUGAAUAUUAAUAUCUGUAUCGUAUUUAUUGGAUUGACUUUUAUACCAUCCUCAUCUUUCAGUAAUGCCCAGUCCCAGCUUAUAAGAUUAGUGGGUGGACAAUCAGCUAGUGAAGGUCGGGUAGAAGUGUUACAUAAUGGAAAGUGGGGAACGGUAUGCGAUGACAAUUUCGAUAACAAAGAUGCUGCUGUCGUCUGCUCCAUGCUAGGAUUCAGGAGGACCAAUGCUACAGCUAAGCAGUCGGCAUUUUUUGGAGAAGGGACGGGGCAAAUUUGGAUGGAUGAACUUCGAUGUGCAGACGCUGAUACAGAUCUGUUUCGAUGUCAACAAAACGUGCUUGGUUUUCACAACUGUGGUCAUGGGGAGGACGCCGGAGUUGUCUGCCAAGCGGGGGCUUCAAAUAUAAGAUUGACGGGAGGAACCAGUGAUAUGGAGGGUCGGGUGGAGAUACUUUACAAUAAUAAAUGGGGGACUGUCUGUGAUGAUUCCUGGGGCAAUACGGACGCUGCGGUUACAUGCUUCAUGCUGGGAUAUUCAAGAGUAAAUGCUGUAGCGAAAACAUCAGCUUACUUCGGCCAAGGUAACAGUCAGAUGGAAAUCUGGAUGGAUGAUGUAAACUGCCAAGGAGAUGAAAUAGAUUUAUUUCGUUGUAACAGAACGGCCAUGGGUUCACAUAACUGCCAACACUCGGAGGAUGCAGGGGUUGUUUGUUCAUUAGAUGGAGCUGUGCGCCUUGUAGGCGGGAAGACAGCAUUAGAAGGGCGUGUUGAAAUAUAUUACAAUGGUUCAUGGGGAACAAUAUGUGACGAUUCUUGGGAUAACGUAGAUGCGAUGGUGAUGUGCUCAACACUUGGACUUUCUAGGAAAGAUGCCAUUGCUAGGCAGGGAGGAUACUUUCCAAAAGGCCUUGGUACUAUCAUGCUUGAUAACGUAAACUGUAUGGGCACAGAGACAGCCAUUUCAGAAUGUCAGCAUGGCGGUUGGAAAAAUCACGAUUGCCAACAUAGUGAGGACGCUGGUGUGUCUUGUCGAUCGACGCAAUGGCCUGGAAGCGGAAUGCAACCUAAAGGCUGUGGAGCUGCAGACAUCUUGAUAAUAAUGGAUGAUAGCGGUAGUGUUGGAACGAGUAAUUUCGAAAGUAUGAAAUUGUUCGUAAAAGACGUCAUACAAGGUCUAUAUUUCCAGCAAUUUAGAUUUAGUGUGAUAAUAUUUAGUGCAUCUGUGAAUAAAAUUAUCGGAUUUUCCGAUUAUUCUGAUGUCACUGACAUACUGUUAGCAGUACAACAAAUAACGUAUAGAUCUGGCGGCUCUACACGGACAGAUGCUGCUCUCAAAUAUGCAAGACAGUCGAUCUUUAAUGUUAAAAGACCAGAUGCUGCUAGUAUUGUAAUUUUGUUUACGGAUGGGAAAUCUACUGACUCGGAUGAAACGAAACAAGAAGCAGUUGAGCUACGUAGUCGCAAAGUACGAAUAUUUUCAAUUGGAGUUGGAAGUGGUCCAGAUACAGAAGAACUGAAUGCAAUAGCGUCAUCUCCUAGUGAUGAGCAUGUUUUUCAAGUCUCUUCAUUUACGACACUUUCAAGAAUUCAAAGUGCAGUACAAAAUAGAACCUGUGAAGCGUCCGUGGAUGGAGGAUUCAGCGAAUGGUCUACAUGGACCACAUGUAAUAGAACUUGCGGAACUGGAACUAAAACAAGAAGUCGAACGUGUACAAAUCCAGUGCCAGCAUAUAAUGGCCGAAAUUGCACCGGUAGUUACAGAGAGAUUGUAUCGUGCACAAUAGUUGGUUGCCCUGUAGAUGGACACUGGGGUGAUUGGACGCCUUGGACAGACUGUAGUGUGUCAUGCGGAGAUGGACAUCAGCGAAGAAGAAGAGGUUGUACAAAUCCAAGACCCCAACAUGGGGGCACUCUCUGUUCGGGAGCAAACAUGGAAACCCUGACGUGCAACUCUGGUUCUUGUCCCGUUCAUGGUGGGUUUAGUUCAUGGAGUGACUGGAAUUCAUGUUCAAAAUCUUGCGGAUUAGGAACAAAGUCUAGAAAUCGCUCAUGCACUAAUCCAUCUCCCCAAUAUAACGGUAGAAAUUGCACUGGUGCGUACAAGGAGACAGACACUUGUUUAACAACACUCUGUCCUGUGAACGGAGAUUGGGCUUUAUGGUCAAUUUGGACUCGGUGUAGUGUUUCUUGUGGUGGAGGAAGGCGAGAAAGAGAGAGAAGGUGUGAUAACCCUUCUCCUCGAUAUGGGGGACAGCGAUGUUACGGGGACAAUCAGGAGGAACUAGACUGCAAUGCAGACCCAUGUCCGAUAGACGGCAGAUUCAGUCAGUGGAGCUAUUGGAGUCGUUGUUCAAGGACAUGCGGUCUGGGAGAAAGAACUAGAAAUCGUUCAUGCACUAAUCCAUCUCCCCAAUAUAACGGUAGAAAUUGCACUGGUCCGUACAAGGAGACAGAGACUUGUUUAACAACACUCUGUCCUGUGAACGGAGGUUGGGCUUUAUGGUCAAUUUGGACUCAGUGUAGUGUUUCUUGUGGUGGAGGAAGGCGUAAAAGAGAGAGAAGGUGUGAUAACCCUUCUCCUCGAUAUGGGGGACAACUUUGUUCCGGGGACAAUCAGGAGGAAAUAGACUGCAAUGCAGACCCAUGUCCGAUAGACGGUGGAUUCAGUCAGUGGAGCGAUUGGAGUCGUUGUUCAAAGACAUGCAAUCUGGGAGAGAAAACUAGAAGUCGUACAUGUACUAAUCCAUUACCAAAAUAUAAUGGCAGGAACUGUACUGGGGUUAAAAAAGAGACACAAGAUUGCUUGAUUAAACUUUGUGCUGUUGACGGUGGCUGGAGUGUAUGGAAUUCAUGGACACACUGCAACGCUUCCUGUGGAGGAGGCCGGCGUGAGAGAGAGAGAGUGUGCGAUAACCCUCGACCAAGGAAUGGAGGUCGACUUUGCUUUGGUGGAGGUAAACAAAUUAUGGAUUGCAAUACAAAUCCUUGUCCAAUUCACGGGGGAUUUAGUCAGUGGGGUACCUGGAGUGUAUGUUCUCGAAAGUGUAAUGGUGGACAGAGGACAAGAAAAAGAAAUUGUGGAAGCCCUGCUCCAGCAUUCGGAGGAUCCAACUGUUCCGGUGUCUGGAAAGAAAUUCAGACCUGUAAUGAUCACCAUUGUCCAGUUGAUGGAGGGUUCAACGACUGGACGCAGUGGGCAGACUGUAGCGUGACCUGCGGUCAGGGGAAAAAGCAACGGUACAGGUAUUGCAAUAAUCCAGUACCAGCAUAUGGCGGUAGACAGUGUUACGGUGAUACCAUUUUAGAAGACAAUUGUAUGGUUCGAAAUUGUCCUAUCAACGGUGGGUUUUCAAAUUGGAGUUCGUGGUCACUGUGUUCAAAAUCAUGUGGAGGAGGAGACACGUUUAGACGCCGAAUUUGUGAUGACCCAGCUCCAUCCCACGGUGGGCGUAAUUGCACAGGUACCUUUGUAGAAUCUAACGUAUGCAAAACUAAUCCUUGUCCGAUUGACGGGCAGUUUGGAGCAUGGGAAAGAUGGUCCCUUUGUUCUAAAUCGUGUGGAAAGGGAACUCAAAAUAGAGUAAGACAAUGUGAUAGUCCAUACCCUCGAUAUGGUGGCCGAAAUUGCACCAAGACAUUUUCUGAAACUAAAACAUGUAACACACUGAAUUGCCCAAUUGACGGUGGCUUCGGUGACUGGAUCAGCUGGACAGAUUGUUCAGUUAGUUGUGGGGGUGGGAAAAAGUAUCGAUCCCGGUUUUGUGAUUCUCCAAUUCCGUCAUUUGGGGGUAAAAACUGUAGUGGAAAUUUUUCAGAAGAAUCAUUUUGUAAAACGUUUCCUUGUCCAAUUGAUGGCUUUUUUGAUGAAUGGGAAGAUUGGACUCCUUGUUCUCAUAGCUGUGGAGGUGGUAUACAAACAAGGAAUCGGAUAUGUUUUGAUCCUAAGCAUGGAGGCCGUGCGUGCACGGGGCAUUUCGUUGAAUCAUUGAAUUGCAAUGUCAAUCGCUGCCCUAUCGAUGGUGCAUUCAGUGAAUGGAAUACAUGGACACCGUGUACUAAAAGUUGUGGUGGAGGGACUAAGAAAAGGUCUAGACAUUGUAAUAAUCCCAUACCAAUGUAUGGUGGUAAAAAUUGUAGUGGUGUUUAUAAAGAAGAGGGUGACUGUAGCAAAAGUCCCUGUCCUGUAGAUGGGAAUUACGCUGAAUGGAAUGAAUGGACAGAUUGCUCAAAGACAUGUGGGAGUGGUAAACAAUAUCGAAGACGUACUUGCUCAAAUCCUUUUCCAAAGUAUGGUGGAAAAGAUUGUGUUGGAAAGUCAAUGGAAUCAGAAAUUUGCAAUGAGUUUUCAUGUCCUGUUAAUGGACGGUUUUCCUCUUGGAGUGAAUGGGAUAGUUGCACAGUGACAUGCGGUGGAGGAACAUCAAAGCGAGUCAGAGAGUGCAACAAUCCUCUUCCCCAAUACGGUGGAAACAAUUGUUCAGGUAAAUUUCAAGAUAUCAAAAUGUGCAUGGAAAAUCCUUGUCCAAUAAAGGGAGGAUUCAGCGAUUGGGGUGUUUGGUCCUCUUGCUCCAAAUCUUGUGGAACUGGUCAACGAACCCGUGAACGAUCAUGUAAUAAUCCUACACCACGAUUUGGGGGAGACAAUUGUAAAGGCUUAUUUGAAGUCUCAACCGAAUGUAAUGCACAACCAUGUCCUGUUCAUGGAGAGUUUGGUGAAUGGCAGCCGUGGAUAUCGUGUCCAGUGACAUGUGGAGGUGGUAUUAGGAACAGGAUACGAUUUUGUGAUUCACCAACUCCGUCGUUUGGGGGUAGAGACUGCAUAGGCAACAACAUAGAAGAAAUAAAAUGUAAUGAAUUUUCAUGCCCAGUUGAUGGUGGUUUUGCCGAAUGGAAUGGCUGGUCGCAUUGCACAAGAAGCUGUGGUGGGGGAAUCAAGACUAGAAACAGAACAUGUGAUAAUCCUCGUCCGCAACAUGGCGGGAAACCUUGUAUUGGACAUUUCAUAGAUUAUCUGAAUUGCAACAUUCAAUUGUGUCCAAUAGAUGGUGGAUUUAGUGAAUGGGGAUUAUGGUCCUCCUGUUCAUCGAGUUGUGGUGGCGGAAGUUCGAAGCGACAACGUUCUUGUACAAACCCUGUUCCAAGAUAUGGAGGAAAAAAUUGCUCCGAAAUGUUUGUUCAAAUAAAAACAUGUCAAACAAAUCCAUGUCCGAUAGACGGAGGUUUCGGUGAAUGGGGUUCUUGGUCCCCAUGUUCCGCAUCAUGUGCAUACGGUUCUAAACGUCGAGGAAGGCAGUGUGACAAACCAUUUCCAAGAUAUAAUGGGAAAAAUUGCAGUGACAUGUUCAUUGAAGAUACGUCCUGCUACUCUGGACCGUGUCCUAUCAACGGUGGAUUUAGUAAUUGGGAAGUCUGGGGAGAUUGUUCAACUACAUGUGGAGGUGGAAUGAAAACAAGGAAACGUAAAUGUGAUAACCCGAUACCUGCGUUUGGUGGAAAUAAUUGCAGCAAUCCAUUUUCAGAAGUUCAAAAUUGUAACUCAUUUCCCUGCGCAAUUGAUGGGAAAUUUUCUGAAUGGAGUGAUUGGUCAAUUUGUUCAUCCAGCUGUGGUGGUGGAUCAAUGAGUCGAUCGCGAUCUUGUUCCAAUCCAUCUCCUAGACACGGUGGGAAGCCUUGUAAUGGUCUUAAAUUUGAAUAUAGUGUAUGCAACAUUCGUCAAUGUCCUAUUGAUGGAGGAUUUUCAGAAUGGGGAAUUUGGACAACUUGUACAGUUACUUGUGGUGGUGGAUUAUCAACUAGAAGACGAAUUUGUGCCAAUCCAAGUCCUCUGUAUGGCGGUAAAAAUUGCUCAGGUUUAUAUUCUGAAUCUAAAGUGUGCAACGAGGAUUAUUGUCCAAUUGAUGGUGGAUUUAGUGAAUGGAGUUUGUGGUCUCUAUGUUCUUUAUCGUGUGGUGGAGGGUCAAGGACAAGAAAAAGAGAAUGUAGUAACCCUUUUCCACAACAUAGAGGGAAAAAUUGUACAGAUAAAUACGAAGAAGCCGAAAAUUGCAACAUUUUACCUUGUCCAGUGGAUGGUGGAUUCGGAAAUUGGGAGUCAUGGUCUGUUUGCUCUAGAAGUUGUGGAAAAGGUGUUAAGCGAAGAGAAAGACAAUGUGAUUCACCUACACCGAGGCAUGGGGGUAAAAAUUGUGAUGGAAAUUCCUCCACAACGCUGCCAUGCAAUGAUAUUCCAUGUCCAAUUAACGGUGGUUUUUCAGAUUGGACUGUUUGGUCACAGUGUUCACAGAGUUGUGGAGGGGGUGUGAAAACACGGUUAAGAACAUGUAGUAAUCCACUACCACAGCACGGUGGGAAACCUUGCAAUGGUCAUUUUACUGAAUCUCUGAAUUGCAAUUACCAUCAUUGUCCUAUUGAUGGCGGUUUUUCUGUUUGGAGUAUUUGGUCUCCAUGCUCUGUAACUUGCGGUGGAGGAUCUUCUAGAAGAUCACGCUCAUGUUCAAAUCCAAGUCCGUUAUAUGGGGGUAAAAAUUGCAAUGGCGACAAAGGAGAAAUUGUGCUAUGUAAUACGCAUCACUGUCCUAUCGACGGAAAAUACGGUGAUUGGAGCAGUUGGUCUAAAUGUUCCCUUUCCUGUGGAGGUGGCUCGAAGUCAAGGUCUCGACGAUGCAAUAAUCCAUCGCCACAAUAUGGAGGGAAACAAUGUAGCGGUAAUGGUGAGGAAUAUUCAUCAUGCAACAGUCAUCCAUGCCCAAUAGACGGUGCAUUUAGUGAAUGGGAAGCAUGGUCAACAUGUUCCCAUAGCUGUGGUGGUGGUAAAAAAUCAAGGUUACGACUUUGCAAUCACCCUGCUCCAGCAUUCGGUGGAAGGAAUUGUUCUGGGUUAUUCUAUGAAUAUUCUAAUUGUAAAACAUUUCCUUGUCCAGUUGAUGGGGGUAUAGGUGUUUGGAGUGAAUGGACAUUGUGUUCAGUAAGUUGUGGUGGGGGCACUCAGUCAAGAAACAGGUCAUGCGAUAAUCCGAUUCCAAAAUACGGUGGAAAAGAUUGUGAUGCUGAAAUGUCAAAUUCAGUUAUUUGCAACACAAACGAGUGUCCUGUUGAUGGAGAAUAUAGCGAUUGGGAGGCUUGGACUUCAUGUUCUGUAACAUGUGGAGGUGGCAAAGCAACGAGAAUUCGCACUUGCACAAACCCACCGCCGCAGUUUGGGGGAAAGACAUGUUCCGGCGAUGCAGAACAAAAUAAAACUUGCAAUUCGUUCGAGUGUCCGAUAGAUGGUAUAUUCAGUGAGUGGAGUUCAUGGUCAGAAUGUUCCGUCACAUGUGGGGGAGGUACUGCACUUCGAGAAAGAGAUUGUACUAAUCCAGCUCCACGAUAUGGGGGUAGACAAUGUGAGGGACCAACCAAUGAAACAAAAAUAUGCAACACAGAUAGCUGUUCAAUUUGUGAAUUUCCGAAUGAUGAGUUUGAAUGUCGUGACAAAGUUCGCUGUAUUCCUAAAUCAUAUGUGUGCGAUGGAUUACCUGACUGUGAUGAUGACAGUGACGAAACGGAAUGUAAUGGUGGAUCCAGCGUCUCUUCACCCUGUCCUGAAGGAUUGUAUAGGUGCCCGGAUGGCUCCUGUAAAUCCAGUCAGUAUGAUUGUUAAUUUUACCAUGCUGGAUUGAUAUAUUUUUAUGUACCGGUAAAGAUCAAUUUCAUUAUUGUGUUAUGAAAGUGUAUACUCUUGUCAAAUGUAAAGGAAUAUUUUCAUCGAUCAUCAAUGUCCAUUAUUUUCAUUGCAACAUUAUCUUUAUCAUUUGUUAUAUUUUUAUAUUUACGGCCAAUUCUAUAUCAUAAAAUCCAUCAAUUAUAGGAUUAUUUAUGUAUUAUUAUGAUUUAAUUGUUUGGUAUACAAUCAAUCUGAGUGUUUGAUUUAUUAUUUACACUAUGCCAUGUGUUUUCCAUAUUUCUUGUCAAUGCGUUUUUCUUAUUUACAAUUUAAAUGCAUUAAAGACGUUCGCACCUGA